AUGGGAAGCCAAGAAAUCCAAGUUCUUGAGGAGCAGGUGCAAGACCUGCAGUCUGGUAAUGAGAUCUUUGAAGAGGACGAACAGGCAGCGCUGGCGAUGUUGCGCCUCGAUGAUCUUCUUACGAAUGAUGUCGUGCCGGAACAGUUGCACAUCGUGGGCAACAACUUCGAGAAGCUUCUGGAGGGCAUCGUUGCUGGCAGCUUCGAUCGCCACAUGCAAUACAUCAUCGUGAACACGUUGAGGCUUUGCAUUCCGCUGAUCAGCGAGUUGGUGGUGCCGGAGCUGUGCAUCCUCACACAGCACCUUUCGAGACUGCCGUCGCAACACUUUGCAGCCGGCGUGAAAAGGUAUGCAUCAGGCUGCCUUUAUUUGGUCCGAUGCGGUCUCUUCCGGACUGUGGCAAUGCCCCGUGCGUUGACUCCUGCAGCGCAGGAGACACGGCGAGCUGCGCAUACGCGUCCGCUGGGUGCCAAGAAGGAUCUCUUGAACUUGGACUCCUACUUGCUCGACAGGCCAGAUUCGUUGAACAUGCCGGUGCUGUUCGACCAGGAUAUGGUUCAGAUGUUGAUCCACCAGCGGGCCGCAGAUGUUGUGAAUCAGCAGACCUCGCUGCACGCUGCUUGUGAUGGCAGCCACGCGAACAUGGUGGCGGAUCUUCUUGCAGCCGGAGCACUGCGGCAGACGCCGCUGCAUCGUGCAGCGCAUGUCGGUGCACGGUGGCCUGGUCGGCGAUGGCAGACUCGCAAACAGACAAGCUGCAGCAGUGGAAGUUUGGAUGGGGUGGACAAGGACUAUGCCGCAAAGCUCAGACGCGAUGGGAUUUUCCGCGACGGAGACGAAGUUAUGCGGGUGCUCAUCUCCCAGGAGAAGCGCACCGCGCUGCACUGCGCGGCCGCUUCCGGCUCUGAGGUGGUGAUGCCAGAGCUGACCGAGAAGGUCCCGGAUGUCCCGGCAGAGGAAGAGGACGUGCACAUCGAUUCGGCCAGCAAACUGCAAACCAACGACGACUGCGCGUCCCUGCAAGUCCUGGCAGGUGGGCUCAGCAAGAGCGCUGCCGGAGUAGGAGCGCGAACUCAUCUGAAGGCGAUCACUGGCCUCGAUCAGGUGCGUGGCACAUUGGCAGGGCAAGCGGAGGGCGGGAAGUGGAUCGUCAACAUCGACAACAACGAGUCUGCGAUCUGCGGCUGCUUCAGGGAGUGGCUGGACUCCACUCAAUCGCCCGGCCGAAGCUGCACGGCCGUGUGUGCCAUGAAGCCCACCGUGGUGACGGUCAGGUACAGCAGUGGCCAGAAGAUCGCAGAUGAGAUCCUGGGCUUCAAUUUCAAUGAGGCGUGCCCGAUGACGCCUUUCAGCAUCGCAGGCUUUUCGAAGCCAGGCGGUCCUGCUCAGCGCAAGGGUGUCUUCGUCGGCUGGUUCGUGGAUGUGAUUGCGCUGAUGCAGCUCGAGAAGUUCAAGUCACUGGAGGGCGAGGGCUUCGGUGAAGCCCCGAAGAACCUCGCAGAGAUCGCUGCGAACAUAGAAGGCUUCAAGAAGCGCCUGAACGCGCUGCUUGAACUCUCCGACAUAAGCCUGACCUUCUACAACGGCCUGGACUUCCAGCUCCUUCCUGUUUGUGCGGCCGACUACAAGGACCCGAUCAGCGACGAGAUCAGCGGUUUCAACUCAACGGGUGGCGUGCCGAAGAUUGACGGAUUUUGCGACGCUGGGGGUCCUGCACAAAGUGCUGGGGUACGCUCCGGCCGGCACGUCAGCCCGUACGAGACCUUCAACCUGGAGGAGAACAAGGAAGCAGUUCUCACGCCGCAGCAGUUGCGCUUGUGGGCGGCCGUCCGAAUUGCUUCGGCGUCCCAGGAGGAACUGACAAGGGCCCUGCAGCGAUGA